AUGUCACAGCAGAGUGCUGCGCUGCCCUACACCAGCUGGGGCGACGUUAUCCGUGAUAUACCUCCAGUGGCAUGGGGCGCAGUAGGAGUUGCUCUCGCACUGGGUCUUUCGGCUAUCGGUGCUGCAUGGGGGAUAUUCAUCACCGGCAGCAGUCUGCUGGGCGCAGCUGUGAAGUCCCCUAGGAUACGCUCGAAGAACUUGGUGUCCGUAAUCUUUUGCGAGGCAACCGCCAUCUACGGUGUUAUUAUUGCUAUCUUGAUUGCGAGCAAGCUUGAUGGCGUCCCUCCGGAUUUCAUACAGAGCAUGAUGCACCCCACCAAGAUUGAAAAGUGGCAGGCUGAUGCCAUUGCAGCUGGAUGGGGUCUUUUGGCUACAGGGCUUACUGUUGGACUUUCCAAUGUUUUCUCCGGGAUCUCGGUGGGUGUGGCAGGCAGCGGAGCCGCCUUAGGUGAUGCUCAGAGGCCAGAAAUAUUCGUCAAGAUGCUCAUAGUGGAGAUUUUUGCAUCGGCACUUGGGCUGUUUGGGGUCAUCAUUGGACUCCUACAGUUGAACUUGGUAAACUUUACGCGGCCGGCGAGAACAUGA